AUGGCACCGACCACGAUGCAACUGGUCGCGUGCCUCCUCUCCGCCACCUCCAUCUCCUUGACGGCCGCCAACUCCAUCCCAUUACGGGAGCGCGCUCUUCUCGAGGCCGCAAGGGCUCUUCCCAACGCUGUCAGUGGCGGAUACGCCCCGGCAGUCGUCCCCUGUCCCUCAUCGCGUCCAACAAUCCGCAGUGCUGCCACUCUCAGCCAGGAUGAGACCGACUGGCUCACCAAGAGGCGCGCAGCCACUGUCCAGCCCAUGGCUGACUUCAUCGACCGAGCAAAAAUCUCGGGUUUUAAUGGCGCGGAUUACAUCAACAACCUCAGCAACAACAUCUCGGCCCUGCCCAACAUCGGCAUCGCCAUGAGCGGAGGAGGCUACCGGGCUUUGAUGAACGGAGCAGGUUUCAUUGCCGCUGCAGACGACAGGACGCCAGGUUCCACGGAUGCAGGCGGUAUUGGCGGUCUGUUGCAGGCGACGACCUAUGUGGCGGGGCUUUCUGGCGCCGGGUGGUUGGUCGGUUCCCUCUACAGCAACAAUUUCACAACCGUGGUCGACCUGAUGGACGGCAGCUCCGGGUCUGCCGUCUGGGACUUCGAGAACAGCAUCUUUGAGGGCCCGAAGGAGGGCAUCGCUGUCAUAAGCACCGUCAGCUACUGGAGCGAUGUCCGCGACGCCGUCACCAGCAAGGCCGACGCCGGCUUCCAGACCUCGGUCACAGAUUACUGGGGCAGGGCUCUGUCCUACCAGCUUAUCAACGACACAGACGGUGGCCCUGCGUACACCUGGAGCUCGUUCGCCCAGGAUCAGCAACUUAUCAGCGGCUCCAUCCCACUGCCCAUGAUAGUCGCCGACGGGAGAGACCCUGGGGUUGCCAUUGUCAGCUUGAACGCGACCAAUUAUGAGAUCAACCCCUGGGAGAUGGGCUCCUUUGAUCCCACAGUCUAUGGGUUCGCACCCACGCAGUAUCUGGCAUCUAACUUCUCAGCUGGAGAGAUCCCAAGCGGCGGCAGUUGUGUGCAGGGUUUCGACAAUGCCGGGUACAUGAUGGGCACCAGCUCUUCUCUGUUCAACACCUUCUUGACCACCAACAUUUCUCAGUACGCCGAUGUACCUUCGUUCGUAGGAGACGCCCUCACGUCUAUUCUGUCGCCACUUGGCGAGGACAACAAUGACAUUGCGCAAUGGGUCCCCAACCCUUUCCUGGGCUGGAACAACGCAACAAACCCCAACGCCGACCAGACUGAGCUCGGCCUCGUCGACGGUGGUGAGGAUCUCCAGAACAUCCCAAUAAGCCCUCUCCUGCAGCCCGUCCGAGCCGUCGACGUCAUCUUCGCAAUAGACAGCAGCGCAGACACCCCGUUCAACUGGCCGAACGCGACCGCCCUGCGCGCGACAUACGAGCGCAGCCUGAGCCCCAUCGCCAACGGGACCCUGUUCCCGCCGGUACCCGACGCCAACACCUUCAUCAACCUGGGCCUGAACAACCGCCCGACCUUCUUCGGCUGCGACGCCUCCAACUUCACCCUGUCCGCGGGCCAGUCCGUGCCGCCCCUGGUCGUCUACGUCCCCAAUGCGCCCUACACGGCCAACUCCAAUGUCUCGACCUUCACGCCCAGCUACACGCGCGAGGAGAAGAUGGGCAUCAUCACCAACGGGCUCAACGCGGCCACCCAGUCCAACAGCACCAUCGACGGCGAGUGGUCCGCAUGCGUCGCCUGCGCCGUGCUCAAGCGCAGCCUCGACCGCACGGGCACCGCCGUCCCGUCCACCUGCGACAACUGCUUCGGCCGCUACUGCUGGAACGGCACCCUCGCCACCGGCGAGCCCGCGCCCUACGAGCCGGGCUUCGCGACCGGCAACGCCACCGCCGGGUCCGAGAACGCCGGCCCCCGGGCUGGGCCUGCUACCUCGUGGGCCCUGGCGGCCGGCCUCGUCGCUGCUGCCUGGCUGCUGGUGUAA